AUGACUUCCCCUGGUAUCCUCAUGCGCCUUGCCCAGCCUGCCGAGGCUAACGGCAGUGCGCAACCACCAUCAGCCCCAGUGCCCAAUGUUACUUCCGUGCUGCAGCUCGAAGCACACGAUGGCAAGACGCCGCAGCUCAACACCUUAUACUUUCUCAGCGACAUCAGCCCCAUCCUCUCUAGCGCGUCGUACUUUGAGAAAGACGCCGAAGCAAGCCAGGGCUCAGUCGCCUGGGUCGUCCUGUCGUUCAUCAACGGCCGGGAGAGCAGCGACCUGACCGGUGCAUCGGUUCCCAACAGCCUCUAUUCCCCCCCGGCUGCAAAUUCAGUCGUCGUGGUCAAUGGCUCGACACCUCGGGAGGACAAGGAGCAGGACUACCACGACUGGUACGACCAGGAGCACGGACUGAAGCUCGGCGCCGUCCCCGGGUGGAACUCGGCGAGGAGGUACCGCCGGGUGCAGUCGUACGGCUCGGUUGAGACUGCCAGCUUCUACGGUGUCAAUUUCUACGAUGCUGAGAACGGGCUUGGGGGGCCGGAGUGGCAGGCCGGCGUGACGGAGUGGACGCUGAGGAUCAGGAGCAAUGCGGCUAAGCCUAAUAUCAGGAGGGUCUGGAAAAUCAAGGAAUAG